UUCUAUAAGUUUUUUUCAGAUGAAUAAUCAUUAAAAAUGGAUGAUGUAGAAAUAUUAGAAGUAAAUUCUGGUCCAGAAAACGGACCCAGAACACCGGACGGUUCUGGUCAAAGAACACCAAAUAAACGCGGUCCAAUGACGCCAGAACACCGAGGACCACGGACUCCAGAUGGUCGUGGGCCACGAACUCCUGAAAGGACCGGACCCAGGACCCCUGACGGAUCCGGACCACGGACCCCUGAAUUAGAUCUUCCUGUGAAAUUGCAUGAUUGCAAAGGAAAGAUUCUGCUCUGCAGCCACUCUUUGAAGGCAGGGAUAGUGAAGACUGAAAAUCAGAGUGGACCAAUCUACUGUGUGUUUAGUUAUAGAAACCUUCAUCUCCCGGAGAACGCAAAGUUUGAGAAUAUGCACGUAUAUUGUGAUGCUUGGCUCAUGAAGCAGUCCGCCUUUAUACCAUACUUGGCGUCGGUAGUGUGGAGAGAAGAUUCUCCGCCCCAGGCUGAACAGAAACAACGGAUUUUAGGAAACCCUAAUCCUGCAGAUCAGGAUUUCUACGCCCAGGUUGCUGAGGAUAUGAGCCGGAUACUGAAGGAGGAGGAUGAGAACUCCCACGGAUACGAGGAUAGGAAAUCUCACAAGAAACAUAAAAAGCAAAGACGGAGGUCAAGGAGCAGGGAUAGAAAACGAUCUAGAAGCGGCGACCGACAUCGGUCACAUGACCGAGAUGAUAAGUACAGGGAUAGGAAAAAACAUAAACGUGAUCAUUCCCGUGAGCGGAGUAAGAGAAACAAAAGCUCUAAAGAAAGAAGGUUCAAAGAAGAGAGCCCGGAGAGAAAACAUAGAGAUUACAGUCCUGAUGAUGAGGCCCAGGAUCACCACGACGAAUACUACAGAGGAAGAUCUAGUUUCCGAGGACGAAUGAGAGGACGUAUGAGGAUGAUGAGAGGAGGAACUGGAGUUAUACCUGCACCCUCCUCCAAAGCUAAACUUGCAAUAGGUCGGAAUGUAUUUCCCUCUGAUGAAGACACCGAAGGUGCCCUUCCUACUUCCUCUGUUCCUAUGAGAGGUAGAGGUAGAGGAAGGUUUGUAAGAAUAGGCCGCGGAGCACUUCCUGGAUUAAAGUUAAAGAAAUUGGUUCACGGAGAAGAUGUGUCUACUACACCUGUUCCUACUGGAGAUGAUCGGCCGGGUCUUGGAUUCUCCGGCGGUGUCCAAUUGUCGGUUCGAGAUAAUGCGCGCUGGAGACGUUGGCAGCAGCUUAGCAGAUCAGGGAAGGACAAGGAAGGAAACGGAGGAUCUGUCCCCAGAGACGGGAGUCCUGGUUCAGGAGGGUCGGAGUUAGAUGAGUACGGGGCUAAUGCUGAAUCUUUAAAGAAACCAAUAAAAAAGUAUGUGAGUAGAUCAAAGUCUCCGGUGACUUCCGGAGUCAACGGACUCCGAGUAUCCGUUCUUACCUACGAGAAUGAAGAGGUUGGAAUCUUGUCUGGUCCCAAAGAAACAAAAAUUCUGUUUCAUAUUAACCAAGUCUGGAUAAAGCAUCCUUCAGCAGGAUUUUCUCCGUUUACAGAAAUAUAUCCAACCGGAGACCUUUCCAAGCAUUUCUAUCCUGGUAGAGAGGUGAGCUGUCACAUCCGCGAGAUUCCUAAAACAAGAGACGUGAAAGGUCAGGCGGAGGCAGUUUGGCUGCAAGGGUUUCCUCCAGAACCAGCGCUGUUCCGGUUCCGGGAACUUCCGGCGGAACUAAACUUUCAUCUGGCGCAGUAUCAGUCUGGGAAAUGCGGGAAACUAGAAAUGGUGCUUAGUGUUGACAAACACAGCUCGUUGGAGGGCACUGUGCAGGAGUACGUGAGCUUUGAGAUGGGUGUGGUUCGUCUGAUGGGUAAGGAGGGAGCGUGUGCUUUGUUCCAUUUGGAUCAAGUUUGGAUAUAUGAGGACAGGAACUGGGUUCUCUUCAAGGAUGUGAUAAAAAGUCCGUUAAGCGUUGAUUAUCUUCCGAUUGGGUCUGUAGUGUCUCUCAGUGUGAGGAAACUACCGUGCAGUUCUUAUAGUCAUCUUAGAUACCAGGCAAUGGUAAUCUGGAAUAAAGAGCUGUGCAGACACAGAGAAGCACAUGCUCCCCCAGCAGAUAGUUGGAGUAUGUUUACUAGACGAGGGUUGGAGGAUGGUCAGGUUCCUCCGGGAUAUAUUCACAUGUACUCCCUCCCGGAGAACCAUCUUAAGCUCAUCAAAACAUUAGAUGUACAUUUCGACAACUUCAAGAAGUUAGGAAAACUGGAUUUGAAGAAUAUGAACGCUGUUCCUGUACUUCUUAAUCUACUUCCGCCGAUGUGGGAGGCCAAGGUGUACAAGGUGGUUGAUGAUGAAAAUGGUGUGAUUAUUAUCAAGCACCGCCGUGGAGGGAAUCUGACUGACGAUCCUAAACUGAGGAUUACUAAAAUGUUUGCAAUAUUCCACGUUGAGGACGUUUAUACUGGGACAGGAGAAAAGUUUCGUAAAUCUCCGUCCGAGUUUAUGCUGCAGCUACAUGGACAGGAGGUUGACCUCACAGCUAGAUCUAUAGUUGGAGAGGGAGCAUAUGAGGGAGUGUUUACAGCUGCCAGUCAACUCAACCUUUCUCUGAUGAACCCGAACGUUGCCUGCCCCGUUCUCCAGGCGGUUACUGUGUUCAUAAAGACGACUCCUGAAACUGAACCUAAUACAAGGUUAGCUCCUAAACCAACGUUCCUCCGGGUAUACCCGGAUAGUUUUCACGCAGAACACUCCUGCACAGCUUUCUUUUUGAACUGUGAACUUUUGAUCAAGUUGGAUCUAAAAACUUUGAAUUUUUUCAACGCAACGAACCAGGCCCGAAUGCAGAAAGAAAUCAUCAACGGUAUCCCCAUGGCUUACUUUCAUCAGAUGAAGAAGAGCGUGAGUACUGAUAAACAGGAGCAGAUUAAGCUCAUACAAGAAAUGAGUUUGGUUGAUGUCAAUAAAACCUCUGGACUGGUUUAUGGAUCCUAUAGAGAGCUUCCACAACCCCCAAUCCGACCAAAUUAUCCUUCACAAUUAUCCAAUGUCCCCUGCUCCCCUAGACUCCUUUACCAGCAAGGAUUGUUCGCCAAGGAAGGAGUAAUACUUUGCGAGAUUCCUACUCCAUCAGGACACCGUAUUGCUGUUUAUGCGUUCUUCGAUAUGUCCAACUACAAGUUCUCUAUUUCUAAGGAGCUGAGAAUCAAGAAUUUUGCAGAUAAUAUUCCCAUUUUCUCUUCUCCGUCCUUGAAAGCACACAUAAUCCUUAUCAACCCUAACAAUCCUAUCCCAUACAUUGCAACCGCAGUUUGGAACCCUGUGUACUGGAACAGGUCCCCGGACAACCAGGGAAAGAUGGAUGAUAUUUUUCUUCAAAAAUACGAACGAUUGACGUCACUGAUCACAAGUAAACCUGGAACUAUUAUCCCUGUAACUAGUCUCCCUCCUCCCAGUGUGUACGGAUCUGCGAAGAUACAAAAUAUCCCGAAUCAAGUUCAGCACCGGCAACCACCUCCUCCCCGUCUACUCUGGGCGAAUAAACCUCUGCUCAGGGAGGUGGUGGGACGAGUUACGAGUAUCAUUGAUGAGAACUACGGGUUGGCAGUGGUCAAGUUUGCCGGACCUCCUCCUACCUUCGAUAGGAACCGUGCAAUUGUACUGUUUGACACAUGUGAUCUUUGGGUUGGAGAACACACAGCAACGGAGUUGAACAUGAACCUGAACCAAUGUUUACGAGAAGGAGACUAUAUCAAGGUUAAAGCUCUGUUAGUUCCAGAGUCGGAGAAUUUAAAGAAUAUCAGAUAUCUUGCAACUGGUGUGGUUACUGGCCGAACCAAGACCGAGGUUCGGAAUAUCCCGCUACCGGAGCAGGAACGGUUGGAGAACAUAGAUCGGAUACACCCCGAUAAGUUAAACAACUUCUAUCAGGUCGUGUCCGUCGUCUGUGCCAACAUUCCCGGGGACGCCGAGGAGGAAGCCCAGGGUGUCUCAACCGACGAGGAGUCGCUACCUAAGACGAAAAUAAAUUUCGGAGGCGCCGGUUCAAAUCCGGCCCCGUACUCACAGGACGGACAGUUUAGUAGGUCUAGCAUGAUGUCUAUGGACGCAUUUGAGGAGGAGAGAGAGAAGAAAAAGAACGCUAAAGCCCUGGAAUGUUCAAAUGCGCGAAGAAAAAUGGGGUACAGUAAAGAUGCGCGUGAGAAGUUGCUUGCGGAGAUGAAAUUAGCCAAUCAGCUGAUGUGGAAGUGCACGGAUUGUCAGAUCAGUUGUGCUAAACCUGGCAUGGAAAAACAUAUUCAGUUAAAAACUCAUUGGGACAAAGUUUUGGAAAAUUAUUCUAAAAAACUGGAUGCAAUGCGCCCUAAUCCUGUAUUUUAAUGUCAAUUAUGUUUCGUUGAUUGUAAUUAGUAAUUAUGAAAUAUUUGAUUUGUUAAUAAUAACGAUUAAUUAUUUA